AUGAUCCAAGGAUUGGUAAAGGAACCGACGGUCACUUUGCACAUAACCCAAGCAGCCGACAUCCCCUCAUGGAUGGACCCAAUUACCGAGUACUUGGAGAAGGGGAAGCUCCUUGAGGAUGAGAAGGCUGCGAAGGUGGUAAGGAGGGAAGCGGCCAAAUACGUGAUAGUACAGGGUCAACUGUUCAAAAGAGGACUGAACCAAUCCCUUCUAAAGUGCCUACACCCUGAUCAAACGGACUACGUCUUGAGCGAGGUCCACGAGGGAUGUUGCGGCUACCACAUUGGAAGAAGGGCCCUAGCCCAGAAGCUAGUUAGGGCCGGUUACUAUCGGCCCUCGAUGAUGGCGGACUCCUAA